GUCAAUACCAGGAUCAUCUAUCUCAAAAUAACACCUCACGAUUGCAAACAGAGCCUACAAGUUCAAAUGACGAUGUUUCACAAUUACAAACAGAGUCUACAAGUUCAGGUGGUGAUAUUUCACAAGCUCCAAAUGAUUUUAAUAAUUUCAGCGAAUUAUCUGAAUCUACAAGAUCUCCGGAAAGUGAAUCUUAUGACCUUGGAAAUCUUAUGGUUAAUAGUCCCUGGGGGACCUCACAAACAAAUAUGACUCAAG